AUGCCGCGAACAAAGACGCGUGAACCACGUGUGAGACGUUCCUGCGAGCGCUGUCGCCAGAAAAAGAUCAAAUGUCCUGCUGAAAAGCCGGGUUGUUCGCAUUGUCGUAUUGCGAGUGAGAUUUGCACUUACCUUCCUCGGAAUCAUGUCAACAAUAGCAACCCGAGAUCAUUCUUUAGACCACUCAAGGCGCAGCAGAACGUUGUCUCGCCGAGUACAUCAGUUGAGUCUCACAGUCGUGACACAGAGUAUUCAUCAAGAGUCGACGCCCAAGAUGCCAGCAGCUGGCAUAGCCGAGGCGGCUCGUCAAACAGCAUCCAUCAGCAACUACCUCCGAUAACAGCCAUGCUAUCAGAGUCUCCAUCAUGGUCACCGGCAAAUCCAGAGCCUCCAGCAGAUCUACUCAGUGAUUUCGUGGGUGCUUACCGCGAAAAACUCUACUUUCAACCACUCCCACUCUUCGAUCCACGACGUCUUCAAUUAAAAAUCGGCACAUUACCGCAUUAUCUUCGAUGGAGUUUCCUAGCUCUCACGCUUCAUUUUACGAGUCACAACUUUUACUACGGUCUGGAAGCAAAAGCUAUCGAGUACUAUACUACGUCCGCACGGAGUAUAGUUGUUGACAUGGCGGCUGAGGGACUCACACAGCUGGAAGUGAUGCAAACGUUGUGCCUUCUCGCUCUCUGUGAUCAUAUAGUUCGUAAUCCAGCUGGAAAGACAUCUCGAGCGUGGAUGAUGGUCGGAAUGGCAGCAAAACUCGAAGCUCUUCGACUGUCCCACUCAAAGGCUGAGCCUAGCUCUCGACAAUCCGACGAUGCCAUCUCAAGAUGUCAUUGGAGUAUCGCCAUCUUGGAGAGCACCUUUAUCCCCAACUGCAACACCUUGACCGACAUAACAGGCGCCCCAGCGUAUCCGAAAAGCGUGUCGCGUCCAACACCACUGCAUUCCUCCCAUGGUAUGAAGAGCUAUUGUGCCGACUUGACCGACGCGUAUGAAGGGAACAUCCAAGACGUCGGUAUUAAUGCGACAUGUUUGGGUUACAUUUCGGUUUGGGGAAGCAUCAUCUCGUAUCUGAGAGACAUUCGCAACGGAGCCAACGAGUAUCCAUGGUUAGCAACGUCCAGACACAGUCAACUGACCGUCAAGUUAUACGAACUUGAGAACAUCACGUCGCACAGACAUCUCAUCCGAAACGCCCCUUUCCCCGACCAACCCUCAGAAGAUCUAAGCAAGCAUAGGGAAUACUGGGCACCAUGGGUGUCAUUCCAGAUAAUGAUGCACGCAACCCAAGCCGUACUCAACAAUCCCUUUGUUCAACUAGUCGCUCUUCGGAGAGCAGGUCGAAACUUCCAACCACGAUCUUUCUUACAAAACACAGUUGAUCAAGCGCUAUUCCACGCAGAAUGGGUCUCCCGGCUGGUUCAGAUGUGCGCAGACCGCCAGUUCGAAGUCAACGAUCCAUUGAUCGGACAAGCUGUUGCUGGCUGCGUGUCAAUCUUAUGGAUUUUCCAGUUCGCAAGGGAUCGAAAAGUAUCAGAAAAGGCCAAGGAGAACUUAAUUACCUGCGAAACAUUCUUGGGACAUCUAGCAAGGAAGUGGCCUCACAUCGCCGAAAAGCUCGAGAUCUUACGAACCCUCAACGUCAAAGUAGCAAAGCAACAACAAAUUCCCCAAGAGGACGAAUCAACCAGCGCGACUAUAAAGUUUGAACCCGACAUGAUGUGGGAAUUACUCGAUCCUGCCAUGUCGGGUGUUGAUUGGGCCAGUCUGUGUAGUUCGUCAAAGGGUAAAGGGUCACACGCGACGACGAGUGCUACGAUACGGGUUGCCACCAAGUUUGUGCAUCCCAUCAACAACGAAGUCGAGAGCGCAUCGGUGCCGGAUCCCGAGCACAAUCUCUUUGAUUUAGAGGAUAUUUAUGGCGAGCCAUUUUUGGAUCAAUUCUUUUCGGACUCGUUGUUGAUCCCAUCUCCCUCGUCGGAAACCGAAAAUCAAUUUCGCAUCCGUAUCAAGCCAGCCACAAACAUGCGUGCUGAACAGACCAUUCUUGCCUUCAACUCUCUAUUCGGUGCAGCCACGACACCAUUUGGAUGUGGUGAAGUUAACGUCUUUUACACUGGUCUGCCAGGCCGGCAUCAGUAUGUUACCUCGCAAGGCUACGAUGCCAAGCUGGUAGAAGAACAGAUCUUCAACCACACACGUGAACUACGCGAGGCAGGAUAUAAUGUCCGGGCUGUUUGGCGAGGACCCGAGAUGCCACCGAAUGAGUUCGUUGACCAGAUGAAGGACGUUCACUGGCACGCAGCUGGUAUAGGCUUUGGUGUGAGAGGAUCUCAGAUCCCAGAUGUCAUCGGGCUUUUUGAAGAGACCAUCGACAUCUUCCGCAACGAAGCCCCCGAUGCCAAGUAUGUGUUCAACUAUAACCCUCUUACAUUUUUGUGGUCAGUCAAACGGUACUUCCCUCUAUCAAGUGACUGUAAGGAUCAGCCGGGCAAAGACUUGGCUGUAGGGAUAUGUGACGCUUUGUGA